CCGAUGCAUACCACAGCACUUGGUACCUUAGUACGGAGUAGUGUACCUGGUAUGCAUCCCACCAGCAGCUGUCACUCCAACGCCCAAUCACUCUCGCGAUCUCAGCGCUGCCACUGUUGUAGACAUCGUGGUUUAUUCUCCCUUCUCACCGCAUCGCCAGGCUGUUUUGUUCCAAGAUUCUCGAAACGAACCGCUCCUGCUGGGCCAUGCCAUCCGAGCACAGACAUCUCUUGACUCCUUGAGUAUCCGCCUACCUAUCUCUGUCUAGUCGGGUAUUAGCGAUCCCUAGCCUCGCCCUGCGAUAGCGCCUUCGGGGCAGACGCCCGAGACGCCCGAGACGCCCGAGAAGGGGCCUGUCAACAUCUCCCAGAAUGUUGAAUUUCUCGAGCUUCGUGCAGAAGGCGCAGCAGCUGUUGGACUCUACGCAAGGCCUCAACCUUUCCGAAUCUGAUAAGAACCCGUCCAAGGCAUCGCUCUUCCAGAGCCAGUUUCGGCUUCCGUCGUCCCAGCACCCGCUCUAUGAGAUCACCGCCGAGCUCACCAUCCCACCCGCGAAUGUAACGCAAGGCGACCGAGACCGAGACCGGGGCUUCCAGUAUGCCGGCAAGCUCCAUCUCUCCGAAGCCUUCCUCUGCUUCUCGACCACGCCGUCCAGCUUCCUGCAGUCCGCCAGCACGUCGACCUCGUCAAUAUUCACCGGCCAGACGCAUGGCGGAGGACCCGGUGGCAACGGCUUCACCUUCCCCCUCUGCGCGAUCCGGAGAGUCGAGCGGUUACACAGCCAGAACUUCCAGUUUGCUCUCUCCAUAUCGACCUGGAACGGCAUCAGCCAAGAUGCGGCUAAGGAGAAAGACAAGAAGGAGCUACGGGAACAGCGGGUUACGAUCCAGCUUGCCGGGACUCGACAAGCCUGCGAACGCUUCUGCGACGGUCUCAAGAAGGGCCUUCGAGCAAACGUUGGGAACGUGGCCAAGCUGAAGAAGGUGACGGCCGAAUGCUAUUCCGAAUACCUCCUCCGGCCCGAGGACAAGAAGAAUGCAGCCCCCCCCGAUGCUGGCCUCGGCAUGAUGUUCAAAUAUCCCGGUGACCCGAAGAAGUUGAGGGACCGCGCAAAGAUGCGGCUGUGGGCCGAGUAUCUGAGAGACAACGGCCGCAACAUGACGCUGAUCCGCCAGCCAACCUUCCACAAACUGAUCAGAGUGGGCUUGCCAAACAGGCUACGGGGCGAGAUGUGGGAGCUGACAUCGGGCUCCAUCUACCUGAGGCUCGAAAACCCGACGCUAUACGCCGACACGCUAGCCAAGUUCUCUGGCAGGGAAUCGCUCGCAAUCGACGAGAUUGAAAAGGACCUCAACCGCAGCCUGCCGGAAUACCCGGGCUUUCAGAGCGAAGAGGGCAUCGGCCGCCUUCGACGGGUGCUGACCGCCUACAGCUGGGUCAAUGCCGAGGUUGGCUAUUGCCAGGCCAUGAACAUCGUUGUGGCGGCACUCCUCAUCUAUAUGUCAGAGGCCCAGGCCUUCUUCCUUCUCUCGGCAUUGUGCGACCGGCUCGUCCCCGGCUACUACUCGACGACUAUGUACGGCACGCUGCUUGACCAGAAGGUGUUCGAAUCGCUGGUGGAGAAGACGAUGCCCAUCCUGUGGGAACACCUCGUCAAGAGCGAUGUUCAGCUGUCGGUUGUCUCGCUGCCCUGGUUCCUGUCGCUCUACAUCAACUCGAUGCCCCUAGUAUUCGCCUUCAGAGUUCUCGACGUCUUCUUUGUGGAGGGGCCCAAGGUCUUGUUCCAAGUUGGGCUGGCGAUACUCAGGAUAAACGGGGAAGAGCUGCUGGACGCAUCAGACGACGGUGCUUUCAUCUCCGUCCUCAAGUCCUAUUUUGCCCGCCUAGACGAGUCGGCUCAUCCGAAGUCAGAGAAUCCGAAGCUGAGGGCUGUCACGAAGUUCCAGGAGCUCAUGGUCGUUGCCUUCAAGGAGUUUUCGGGCAUUACGCACAGCAGCAUCACCGAGCUUCGUCUGAAGAACAAGGACGCCGUGCUGAGCAACAUUGAGAAUUUUGCCAAGCGCACCGCCAUCAGGAACCUCGGCCCGGAUAGCAAACUUCUCAGUAACGAUGAGCUGGGCGCGCUAUACGACCGGUUCUAUGGUGUGCUGUACGAGAGGCAACAGCGAGACCACAUCAUCAAGCAGGAGCAGGCAAGGCGGGCCAAGAGCAGCCGGUCACGUAUGGCGGAAGUCGCCAGCGAGGGCGAUCAGAUCGAAAAGGGGCGGGUCGGCCUAGGUCCGAGCACGAGUCUGAUGGACUACGACGCAUUUCGCGAAUUUCUCGCCGCCAUGUGCAAAUGGGCCAUUUCCGAUUCGCCCACUACUCCUAGGCGGGAAACGUUCGAGAAGGAGAAGGGUUUCUACGGCAGCUUCAGGAGGCCUGAUACGCUGCUGUCCCCCUGGGGCGCGGGUCCUGAACCAGCAGACCAUGAGUUUCUCCGGAGGUUGUUCCAGAAAUGGGAUACUGAUUCAUCCUCGUCGCUCACCCUGCAAAAGGUCGUGUCCGGCCUAGCGCGGAUCAAAGGGAAGCGCGACAUCAUGGGGACCAUCAACUACUUCUUUGAGCUACACGACGAUGACGGAGACGGCAAGGUUGACCGCGAAGGCAUACUGCGCAUGUCCGAGGCCCUGCUCUUCCUUUCCCGCCGCGGGCUCGAGGGCACGCUGAGCCCGUCGAGCUCAACCGUCGCACUGAACGCAGAAGGCUCGACAAACGGCGGCCAAACCGACGUUCCCGGCCAAUCGGUGAGCGAGCGGUUUCUCGGGAGCGUCAGUGCUUUCAUAAGGAGAUGCUUUGAGUACGCCGAUCCAGACCACCCAAAGAACCAAAACAGCACAGCGCGGGAGCUGGGAGACAAGCUCGAGUCGACGAAGCUGCAAGAAGACCACCCGGCCGGCGAGCAGCUGGCGAGCCCGGAUGCGUUUGCCAUUGGCGACGAUGACGAUGACGAUGACGAGGAUGAUCUAUUAGCAAUGGACUCGCCAGCUGGCAGCCCCAAAGCAGCAGCGAAGAAUCCCAACAAUCCGCCGCCCACAUUGCAGCUCAACUCGACGCAGCUGUCCGCGAACGACGAUCCGGACAGCCGCCGUCGCGUUUCCAAAGCACAGUCCGAAAAGGCCAACAUCGCCCUCGACCCCUCCAACCCGCUGCACAUCACGCUACCCACCUUCCGCAUGGUGGUGCUCGCCGACGAGCUGCUCGAGCAGUUCUUCGAAUCCUCCUUCCCUUCCUCGUUCCACAUCAUCGAAGGGCUUGCCUCCGCCAACACCCCGACGAGCGCCUCCUCCCUGACCACUUUCUCGAGCCUCGGCAUCGGCAUCGGCGGCGCCACCAGCAGCCGCGCCGUCAACGCUCCUACUACUCCGGCGGCGGGCGGCCGUGGCCUGCGCGGCGUGCUGGACAACAUUGUCACGGACGGCAUGCGUGUGGCGGCCGAGGUCAGGCGGCGCAUGGAGGAGGCGCAGCGGGAACUCGAGAAGAAUGCGCUGGCGUCGGGAGGACAACAGCCGGGGCAGCAACGGGGCGGCGAUGAUGACGACGAGGACGAGGACGAGGAUGGCACUGGUUUCACCAGUGAUCGCGCGUCUACGAGGAGCGGGAAGGUGGGGAGGAGCGUGAGAAGUUCGGAUAGGGAUUUGUUAACGGGGGCCGAUGCCGAGGCGGGUGAUGCUGCUGUGGAUGAAGCGGAUCCCUUGCCAGGGGUUGCUGGCGAGGGAGGAAGUGGGCUCGGCGGGAAUGCGGGAGGAGGGCCCAGUGAGACAGAGAAGGUUGUGGGGGUUGAGUUUGAUGGCUAGGCGCCAUUGAACAACACGUCGCGAAUGUGGGUACGGUCGAAGUGACUGCGCCGCCGCGGUUGAAAACGUGAAUACUGCAACGGAUGUGGGCAAGGUGGAAAUGGUUGGGGAGGUGUCUCUACUCGGCUCUUUUCUGGUCUCUCACCUUUCUUCUUGGGUUUUCUCGG